UGUAGCUCCACGACCAGGUUUCUGUAACUGUACAUACCUCCAUACCUACAUAACGCCUGGUUGAUAGAUGUCACUGGAAUCCAACGUCUAACAGGCCGCUGCAGAAGAGCUACCGUGACCCACUACCUUCUAUUAACCUACAAUCGACAUCUAUCUGACUUUUGACCACCUUGGAACCAGAUCUCAUCGGCUGGAUUGCUUAGACGUCUUGCUGAGAGACCAAUCUCGCUCCUUUCAAGCUUCCAACCACAUAAUACACACCCCAAACACCUCUCAAGAUGUCGCAAGUCCACGCCUUGUCCGACGACCAGGUCGGGCAAGAGCUCCGCAAGAUGACGGCCUUCAUUAAGCAAGAAGCCCUCGAGAAGGCGCGCGAGAUCGAGAUCAAGGCGAACGAAGAGUUCAGCAUCGAGAAGUCGAAGCUGGUGCGCCAGGAAACCGACGCCAUCGACGCCGCGCACGCCAAGAAGCUGAAGCAGGCCGCCAUGUCGCAGCAGAUCACGCGGUCCACCGUCGCCAACAAGACCCGUCUGAAGGUCCUGGCCGCCCGCCAGCAGCUCCUCGACGACAUCUUCGAGGCCGCCUCUAAGAGACUCGCCGAGGGAACCAAGGACGCUGCUAAGUACCGCGUCACGCUGAAGAAUCUGUUACUGGAGGGCUUGUAUGCCUUGACCGAGAGCGAGAUCCAGGUCCGUGCUAGGAAGGCCGAUUACGCCGUUGUGAACGACGCUAUCAAGGAUGCGGAGGAGGAGUACAAGAAGACCACAGGCAAGACGACUAAAGUUACCAUCGAUGAGGAGGAUCCGUUGCCGGAGGGCAGCUCCGGCGGUCUCGUAAUCGUAGGUUUCCAGGGCAAGAUCGAUAUCAACAACACCUUCGAUGAACGACUCCUUCUCCUACAAUCCAGCGGUCUGCCCGCCGUGCGAGAGACGCUGUUCGGCAAGAACCCCAACCGGAAGUUCUACGACUAAGGCUGCUCGCAUCCCCAUCUGAAGAUAUUCUAACCUCAUCCGCGCGCGCACAAACAAAUCACAAAACGAACAAACAAACGCUGGACGUCAGCAGGGCGGGAAGAGAGAGUAAGAGAAAGAUCGUGUUUAAGCAGUGUGUCAUACUAUUAUCCCCAACCUGUGGGAGUCUCUUGUAAGGGGUAGUUGCAUUCGAGCGUAGGAUCGACUGACUAGCUAGACCACGCUCUUGGUAGUUACUCGAAUUAGAAGGGCUGCUUGCUUGUCUUGUCUGUAUAUCAUAGGCGUUGCAGGACGUCCGACACAUCAAUAAAACAUCAAUUUAUUCUGCA